CGCUCCCUCUUGGCCGGCCGAGCGGUUCCAAAGCCUGGAGUGGCCCUUUAAAAGGCAGUGUCUUGUCCGGAGGGGCGGGCGGGGGGCGCUGACCGCUGCUCGCUCGAGGCCCGGCCCCUCCUCCCCCUCCCCGCGUCCGUCCGUCCCUCCCUCGGUCCCCGCGUAGCUCGCUCGCUCGCCGGGCGCACGCUCCGCCUCCGUCAGUCGGCGCGGCUGUCUAGUGCGCGGCGUGGAGCCGGAGCCGGAGCCGGGGCCGGACGCGCGGCGGGGGCCGGGGCCGGGGGCUGGGAGAUCGGCGCCCGCCACCGGGCGAGCCUGAGCCGCGAUGGCCGAGAUGGGCAGCAAGGGGGUGACGGCUGGGAAGUUCGCCAGCAACGUGCAGAAGAAGCUCACUCGCGCGCAGGAAAAGGUCCUCCAGAAACUGGGGAAGGCGGAUGAGACAAAGGAUGAGCAGUUUGAACAGUGUGUCCAGAAUUUCAACAAGCAGCUGACUGAGGGCACCCGGCUGCAGAAGGAUCUCCGGACCUACCUGGCUUCAGUCAAAGCCAUGCACGAAGCCUCCAAGAAACUGAACGAGUGUCUGCAGGAGGUAUACGAGCCUGACUGGCCUGGCAGGGAUGAGGCGAACAAGAUCGCGGAGAACAACGACCUGCUCUGGAUGGAUUACCACCAGAAGUUGGUGGACCAGGCGCUGCUGACCAUGGACACGUACCUGGGUCAGUUUCCUGACAUCAAGUCACGCAUUGCCAAGCGCGGGCGGAAGCUAGUGGACUACGACAGUGCCCGGCACCAUUAUGAGUCCCUACAGACCGCCAAAAAGAAGGAUGAGGCCAAGAUUGCCAAGCCUGUCUCGCUGCUUGAGAAAGCCGCCCCCCAGUGGUGUCAAGGCAAACUGCAGGCUCACCUCGUAGCUCAAACUAACCUGCUCCGAAAUCAGGCCGAGGAGGAGCUCAUCAAAGCCCAGAAGGUGUUUGAGGAGAUGAAUGUGGAUCUGCAGGAGGAGCUGCCGUCCCUGUGGAACAGCCGUGUAGGUUUUUACGUCAACACGUUUCAGAGCAUCGCGGGCCUGGAGGAGAACUUCCACAAGGAGAUGAGUAAGCUCAACCAGAGCCUCAGCGAUGUGCUGCUCAGCCUGGAGAAACAGCACGGGAGCAACACCUUCACGAUCAAGGCCCAGCCCAGAAAGAAAACUAAACUGUUCUCCCGGCUGCGCAGAAAGAAGAACAGUGACAACGCCCCUGCGAAAGGGAACAAGAGCCCCUCGCCGCCACCCGAUGGCUCCCCUGCCGCCACCCCAGAGAUCAGAGUCAACCACGAGCCUGAGCCAGCCAGCAUGGCCAUGCCUGGGGCUGCCCUCCCCAAGUCCCCGUCUCAGCUCCGGAAAGGCCCACCAGUCCCUCCGCCUCCCAAACACACCCCGUCCAAGGAGGUCAAGCAGGAGCAGAUCCUCAGCCUGUUUGACGACACGUUUGUCCCUGAGAUCAGCGUGACCACCCCCUCCCAGUUUGAGGCCCCGGGGCCUUUCUCGGAGCAGGCCAGUCUGCUGGACCUGGACUUUGACCCCCUCCCGCCUGUGGCGAGCCCUGUGAAGGCGCCCACGCCCUCUGGUCAGUCAAUUCCGUGGGACCUCUGGGAGCCCACAGAGAGUCCAGCUGGCAGCCUGCCUUCCAGGGAGCCCAGCGCUGCCGAGGGCACCUUUGCUGUGGCCUGGCCCAGCCAGACGGCCGAGCCGGGGCCUGCCCAAGUAAGUGCCCCCACCAGCCCCUCACCUGCCCCUGCCUCUGGGGGUGUAGCAUGGAGGAGGAGCCCCGAGGAGGGGGCACAGGACGGACAGGACCACCGUGGGACUGAGGGUGAGCCAGCAGAGGCUUCGGAGGUGGCGGGGGGGACCCACCCUGCGGCUGGAGCCCAGGAGCCCGGGGAGACGGCAGCCAGUGAAGCAGCCUCCAGCUCGCUCCCGGCAGUGGUGGUGGAGACCUUCUCAGGCACUGUGAACGGCGCCGUGGAGGGCGGCAGUGGGGCCGGGCGCUUGGACCUGCCCCCAGGGUUCAUGUUCAAGGUGCAGGCCCAGCACGACUACACAGCCACCGACACGGACGAGCUGCAGCUCAAGGCUGGGGACGUGGUGCUGGUGAUCCCGUUUCAGAACCCAGAGGAGCAGGAUGAAGGCUGGCUCAUGGGUGUGAAGGAGAGCGACUGGAACCAGCACCGGGAGCUGGAGAAAUGCCGGGGUGUCUUCCCCGAGAACUUCACCGAGCGCGUGCAGUGAGGCCCGCGGGGGCGCGUGCAGAGCAACACCUUUUCCGGAAAAAUGUGUGUUUCUUUUUUUUUUGUUUGUUUUUGUUUUUCUUCCCCCUCGUUUUUGUUUUUAAACGUUUGAAAAGCAAAGGGAAAUGGAGGGGGAGAACUGAGCCGAGAGGUUCUUCUCCCAAAGACGAAGUGGUUUUUCCAAAGAGCCUGGUUCCGGCGAGCCCGGCGGCAUCACCAGUGUUCCAGAAGCUGCUGUGUCCCCUAGUUGAGUUCCUGGCCGCCUCCCUGCCUGUGCCCGUGGGUGUCGCCGUCGCUGCAAAAGUGCCUGGCCACCGGCAGGGCCUGGGGGGCCACCGCGCUUGCCUGAGGUUGGGCCGCGCCCCGGGCCGGGGUCCUCUGUUCCUGGCAGCUGCUGAGGGUGGGGUCCCAUCUCCCCAGAGACCAGCCUGGCCUGGACCCGCCCCGCAGACCGUCUGUGUGCUGUUUGAAAAAUAAAUCUUAGUGUUCACAACAACACAAAACAAACAAACAAAAAUACCCAAUGAAAGCUCUCAGGAAACGUG